CUUCAGUCCCGCUCUCUGCCAAUAGCUGUUGCGCCUCAAGACUGACGGCUUGCUGCGUUUGCCUGCGGUUCCUCCUCACACACUGCCCGUUCGACCCCAAUCCCGACUGCGGCCCAUUGGAAGUGUAGGAUCAACCCGACUUGGCUUGAUAUCCUCUCCCCCUCCUCCCCUGCCACGACCGCUAGCACAGUCACCAAUACGACCUCCCACACCUGAAGUACUGUGUGAGCGUGGUCAGCGUCAACGGAGUCAUGAGCUGGUCAUGGGCAUAACGGCUGGAUCGCUUGUUCACAAUAAGGCACACCUACGCUAAUUGACACCACACCAAAAGGGGGGUGCCCGCUCUUGGAGUUUGAGGCUCAUUGGACGUGUCAUGCUGUGACUCUUAACCUCUGUGCGCCCGUGAGAACGGGUCAGCGGUCCGUAAACGCGUGGUUUCGACGUGCCUAAUGGUGACAAGGUAUCCAUCUUAAAGAAAGAGAGUAUCUAUGUCUACGUCCGCAACAUCGCUCAACCCUUCACUGCUUGCAAUUCUCCUCGUCGUCCAAGGCCGAACCGGCUCGGGCGCUGAAAUUGUCUUCCACUACCCUCCAGACCCUCUGUCAGCGGAGCGACCUUCCUAUGCUUCGGAAUCCACAGAAGACGACGACGCAGAAAGCUCGAGCAGUGAUUCGGAAGAGUCGUCUUCUGAGGAGGACUUUAACUUGUUCACGAGACGGUUUGGGAACGCGGUGACGGCAACGCAGAACCAAGAAACCCAAUCACAGCAUUCUGAUGACGAGGACAGCAAUUAUCUGAGCAAGAGGGGGACACAGGACAACUCGCAGUGGAAGCCCUCAUGGGAGCCCCUGCUUGGCCUCGGAGAAGAUGGUCUGGUCAGCUUGCUAGCUCCAGGACGAUCCUGGCACAAACGGAGGUUUGAGCUGGGCAUUAACGACCUGACCUUUCUGGGCCGACCAGUCUAUGCUCGUGAGGAUGGAUUCUGGCGAAAACCGAAGGUGAGAAGGUCAAAGGAAGUCGAAGAUGAGGGCCUCUCCUCGGAGGUUACGAUCAGUGACAGUGCCCCGGAUGAUGAGGCCAAUGGCGACGCAGCUGCGCCAACUGACCACAACAGCAAGAAGAAUUCCCCUCCAAAGGAACGUGCAAAGAGCCAGUUGACCAUGUUUCAUGUUGUGUUUGUCAUGGAUCCUCCACCGUUGGAGCAUACAGCUCGGCUCAAGGAGAUGUACGAUCAUGUCGUGAAGAAGCUCUCCAAGGUGUUAAAAUGGGCUCAGUCACACCAUGAUUACGUUUGGGAACAGUCGGAGCUGCUGCAGUCCAUCAGGUCGACACAUUUUCACCAACGGUCGUCUACAAAGGUGCUCUAUACCGAAAUGAAACAGCGUUCGGCUUUGGCUGCUGCCAUUGCCAAAGUGUUCGAUAACAUCUCUGCCUCCAAAAUAGCUGCAAUCACUCUCAGUCCCAAACUGUCCGUGUCUCUCCAGAUUCCUCCUAUUACGUCGACGUCUUAUCUUCCUUCCCUGUCUGAACCACCACUGCAACCAGGAUUAUGGCUCACUACGGCCACGGAUCCCAUAUCUACCGCUUCAGAUCUGGACGCAACUUCCUCUACAGGUCCAUUGCAGCUAUCCAAGAACUUCACACUCCUGCUCAAAGCCAGCCCCCAGAAGAUUCUCAAAGAUAUCCAAGCUGCGGGAGGGUCAUUAGCAAUGCCAUUGACCAACUUCAUCGGAUAUUUGAAGCCGACCAAAUCCUUCUACAAGAUAUCGCUUGCUUCCCACAUUGCCUUGGGUGACAUCCAACAUCUGGCUCGUCAUCUUGUGUAUUGGCGCAGGGCGAUAGCAAUUCCACCUCUGCAUCAGCGCGAUACAUACAUCGUCUCUCCAAACGCCAAUAUGAGCAGGCUGGUGUCGGCUUGCAAGACAUACGAGGCGACAUUUCCUAUGAUGCCGUCUCUGCCAAAAAUGUUGAACGCUUUGGGCGGAACUCCUGCACCGUAUGGUACUCUCAUCCCCAGCAGAGACCAUAAGGAAGAGUACUACCGAGUGCUUGCCUGGCUCAUGCGCGACGGCUGGGUCACACAGCUGCGUACAUUUGCGUUUGUUCGAGUGGAUCCGGAAGUGAAGAAAGCAGUCCGGGAAAAGGAGCGCGAAGAGUCCAAAGGCUCCAAAACUCCCAUUGUCGAGCGAGAAGCAAGCGACCGCGACCGCGAUGCGGCGAGGAGUUUUGGGAGCGGCACGCCAAACACCCCCGCAAGCGGAGCACUUUCGUCUUUCAAACAGCGUCCCAGCAUGACAAGUCGGCCAUCCAGCGACGGGCGACAAUCCAUAUCCACCGACCGCACCAGCGUGCGCGGUAGCGGGCACCAAUUCAAGCACAAUCCAAAAGCCGCCAGUCUGAUCAUCUCCCCUCAGCGCGCCUCGCCCGAAGAGUCUCGAUGGCUCGAUUACAUUGCAUCCACCAUCAGCUCUUCCCGCAGCCCGUCCCGGGCAGACUUGUCCCCCUCGCUGGCUUCAUCGUAUUCCGAGGCCGAAACCGCAGAGCUGCGUCACUACUGGCCCGUGUUUGUGAAAUAUUUCAGCGGGUCGGAACCUCUCGAGAGGAUCCCCGUCAGGGAAGGGCUGAAGAGGAAGGUCGUAUGGGACAUGCUGGAGAAGGUGGGUUUGGAUUUCGAGGGCAGUGUGGAGGACGAGAAGGGGGAGAAUAAGAGGGUGCUAGUUACCAUUCGACAUUGGUAGGGUCGUUUUCGACCGGGGUCACUUUCGUUGUGACAAUGGAAUGAGGAGCGGGAAACGGGCAGAGGACCACAUGCUCGUAUUCAAGCGAGACAGAAAUGUCCCUGUGAGGGAGUGGGAUCGUGUAAUUGCAGGGGAUGGAGGAGGUUGACCUCGCCUGCCGAAAGUUCCAUCCUUCUGUCGACGUUGAUAUCUAUCUUCGCAUGGUGUAAUAAGUCUAGAUCUAGCUCUAGCUCUAAUUCUAUGUCGGGUAUCUGUCUAGCAUCUAUGCCC